AUGGACAAUCACCAAGCUCAGCAGGACAACGAGGCUGCUGAUCCUAGGACGAGGCCCUUGCUGCGACCACAACAAAUGCAUUUGGGGCAACUUGUUGCUGAUGGCGGUUUAGGUCCUCCUGGUGCAGCCGAGCAUCGUCAUCGCGGGAACAUCCCGUGGCUCACUAUCCUUGGAUGUUUAUUCCUCACAUUCAACUCUGGAAUGGCCAUCUACCGGUCCCAAGGUGAACGUUGGGCCGUUGCGUUCGUCGUCUUCUCCUACCUGGACUUGCUCCUACUCUUCUUCAGUCUCAGAUGGUACGAGAGCGCCGAGCCCGGUUCGCUAACAAGGGACCGUCUCAAAGUAGUUAUUUGGGUGCUCACGACAGCGCUUACCCUACUAUUUACGACUAAGGUUGCAGCCGUCAUGCCCACCGUAGUGGUCGUGGUAGUUUGGUUCAUGGCCUUCUCCGCUAUUGGAGGAGGCUUCUAUGCAUUCUUCUGUUAUAGUGAAAAAGAGUGA